AGUUCGAUCAUAGUCAAGAAAUCACGAUAACCGAAGGUCGCCUAGUAUGUAGGGUUCCGGAAUCUGCCGAGGUUUGCCGAGUGAGGUCGCCGUAUAACAAAAUUCCAGACAUGCGCACAAUUCAAUGUUUCCACCCGAAACCUUCUGCAGACAUCAACAUUUGAUGAUUUAAUAUUUAUUACCCAAAAUGGGCAAACCAUCCCUUGGAAUACCGACGAAAGUUCCCAGUAAUACUUUGAGUUCCCAAGAUGGAGAAGGUCUGCUGUUACCGAAAAUAGAAAUUGAUGUAGCAACCGAUCUUAAAACGAUAAGUCGAUCUUAUCUGAGACGUGUUGUAGUAUCCAUUUUUAUUUCUUUCUUUACUCUCUCACUUGGUCUGGCUCUUGUAUAUUUAUAUUUGAAAGUCAGACUUCUCGAGACUAAAGUUUCAGUUUCAGAAGAUUUACCAGAGUUUUGUAUGGAGUGUUCAGAGUUAUAUGCAAGCUCUAUCAACAACCAGGUGAAGGAAGUUGCAGUAAUUAGAAGAGAAGAGGACAAGUUAAAAUGUUGUGCUAAAACACCAGAACAAUAUACAUGGUUGAUGAAAAAGAUGCAAGACAGCCUUCAGUUAAAGAGACUCGUAUCAAAAGACGUGACAUUUAGUCUCUUACACAAGACACCAGUAGCAGCUCACAUGUUAAUUGGUACUGAUCUUUCUGAUCAUCAAAACAACCCAAGAAUAAACGAUGUUGCCAACCUUCCACCUGUCCACAAUUUAUUACCUACCAGAUCAUUAUCAUUAUUAUCAGGGGUUAAAUUACAACACGAUCGUCUAAUUGUUCAAACUAAAGGUAUCUAUUUGGUCUACAGUCAGAUUUAUUUUAAACUGAUUGAAGAUGUUAACUGGCCUGAUGGAUUAAAAAUCAUCAGUCAUAUUGUAGACAGGUAUAAUGAUAAUCUACCUAAUGAUGGGGAAGAGAAAUUAUUACAAAGUGUCCACACCUUGACAGAGAUAUCAACACAACGUAGAAGUAACAUUGAUUUCCACUCAAGUUAUAUCUCUGGUGUAUUUGAGUUAGAUGUUGGUGAUGAGAUAUAUACCAGAGUAACAAGUCGUCAAAUUGUUUCUAGAGACCCAACACUCAAUUAUAUAGGGCUAGUUAUGUUGUCAGAUCCAUUAAAAGAAAACUAGAACCAGUGACGUAAUAUGUGGGCGUAUUAUGUCGUCACACCAUCCGUCGGCCCGCCAACAAUUGUCUUGUGAACGCAUGAGAGUCUAUAUUUUUCAACAGAUUUUUAUACGCGCACAUUUCUGUGUGGGUGUAUUAUGUCGUAACCCUAUCCGUCGGCCCAUCCGUCAUCUAUUGACUUUCGAAGCGAUGGAGGCUACAAUCUUUGACGGAUUCUUUUCAAAUUUGGUGUGGAGCAUCCUGGGCCUAAGAGGAUGAACCCUAUUGAUAUUCAACGUUCAGCAGCCUUUCGAACCAGAGUUAUACCACCUUUUCAUUGUGAACGCGAUGGAGACAGUAGCUUUUGACGAAUUCUUUUCAAAUUUGGUGUGAAUCAUUGUGGUCAUGAGAGGACAAACCCUAUGUAUUAUGUGACUUUCCUGGGGUUGUGUGGUCUAGUGGUAAGAUCAUAAGAUCUGUUAUUGAGACAAGUGGCGUGGUGUCGAUUCCCCGCUUGUACGUGACAAACCUCAAUGGUUUUCCCCGUGCCGCGUUUUCCCCCAUUGAAAUAAAAUUGAACCAUACGUUAGUCCCGUAAUGACUUAGUUUGCGUCAAGUGGACGUUAACCACCCCCCUCUCUCUCUCCCUUUCUCUGUCUCUAGCUCUCUCUAGUAGUCAUGCUUUUUCGCGGAAAUUCAGUGCAUGUUAGGAGUUCUCGUGCCAGGAUUGUCCUGCUCUCGUGCAUUGUUUUAAAGAUGUUUGGGGUUAUGGGUAGCGACAAAGUUAAUAUAUUAUCCGAACUGUCUUUUACUUUAAUAGUCUUCAAUGUUGGACCUUAUAAUACAAGGCCCAUGGUUUAACCAACAUAUUUGUAAUGUUUUAUUUGUGUUUUGUUUUCACUGUGAAAGGGACUAAGUCCCUAUGAUUUAGCACCUAGAAAUGGACCUAAAUGGGUUGCAACACAUAUAAUGUAAUAUAAAUGUAUAUUUUGAAGAUUAGUCAUGAUUUUGAGGUGGAAGGGUAAAAGUGUUGGAUGUUUACUUGCAAGCUACUUCCAGUUUGUGUAUCUCAUAGUAUUUUCCAGUUAAAUAUGGACUAAAAUGUGCACUUUCACAACUUUAUUUUUAAAGAAUCAAAAUUACAGUUUCUGGCAAAAUAACCUUGUUGUUGUAGUCAUCUAAAUAUUUUAACAGAGAAAUAAGUUCUUUGUUAUAUGAAGUUAAAAAAAAAUAAUAUUCUUAAUACAAAUUGACGGAUAACAUCAAUUUAAAAAUUCUUUUAACGUCUAAAAGUACAGUUUAUGUCACAAUAGCGUCACUUUACAUCCGGUAUUUUGUAAUUGACUAAAUUACAAAUUGACUAUUUGCUCUAGGCGUCAAAUGGUGAAAACUUGAUUAAAAUCGAAUAAUGAAUAACUUUGCUACGGGCAAAAUUACAUGGAUCUUUUUUACAUCAAAAUGAUCGCAUUUAUUUGAUCUAUUUGGCGAUAGGAAUAAAACAAAUACAUAACGAAAAAAACAAACUAUUUGUUGAAUACAGUUUUAGCAAAAAUUGCAUCACUUCAAAAAUGAUCAAAGCAAAAAUUCCUAUUUUCCGCAAACUAAUUUUGGAAAGUAUAUUAUUAUUAUUCAUUCAUAACUUUCAUAUAGUAUGUUAAUACUGAUCCUCAAUAUUCCCAGUGGUAUCAUGCCGUUCUAUUUCACUAACCCUGGGUUCAUUCACGGGUGAGACACAUGAUCAUAUUGCCCAAUUAAAUUUUUUUCCCAGAAGAGGGGUAACUCGCAUUUCGUUGAAAGUAAGUUCGCCGAAAGAUUGUUGUAAACUUUGUGAAAAGGAUUUGUUUUUGUGUGCUUGUCAUUUCCGUGAUAUUAAAUUUCGUGCAACGUUUCUCAUAAUCAAACGUACAAGGUGCUGUAUUGUAGUGUAAUGAUGCUAAGAGGUAGAAACAACUCAUGUGGCCAAGGGCAAAUAAUUCGUGAAUACCACGUGAAUAGACCCAGGGGUUAGGGGAACGAUACCACUGGGAAAGUCAUGAACAAAUAAAUAUACGUUCAAAAAUAGUUUUAAAAUUUUAAAAAGUUAUAUGAGUGUUAUCAAGACUAAAACAAAAUAACGGAAAAAGAAUAUCCCCAUCCUCCCCCAUUCCUACGUACGUUGUAUCAGAGGCGUGCUGGGCGAGUAGGCCUACUGUUUUCUAAUAAAUGCAAAAACAAAAGAUAACACUCGAAUUCGAUGAAAUUUCCUACCAGGGUAUACAUAGGAGUGUGCGUUGCUAUGUGCCCUGCGUCUGAAAAAGUGCCCUUUCGUCUGAAAAAGAGCCCUAGAAUUAGUUGUCUCAAAUACUCAAGGAAAAGCCAAAACGACAAUGAUGUGGUCAGCCUGUCCCUCCCUCCCUGCUGUCCUUCCAACCAGAUCCAGUGAUACUAAAACCCAAUCGCACCCAAUGUACUAUAUGCACCAUCGAUCACUCUGCGCUGCUGGUUGGCUCUCAGUACCGAAGACAAAGACAAGUCAUAGACACAUAGAAUGACUCAAACUAAAAAAAGAAAAGAAAAUAACAAUUAUGAACUUACUAGUAUGAACCAGUGACUACUAAGUUGGGAUCACGUGUUUAUUCGCACGUUCUUAGUGUGCCUUCAAAAUUUCGUGGAACAUUUAGGAAGAUCUCGCGAAACACUUUUUGAUAAUCACUGCCCUAGACGAAGAAGUAUCGGAGUUUGACACAAAUUUCUAGAGAAAACGCCGUGGGCUGAUAUUUGAGAGAUUUUAUUUUAUUUCGGGAUCAAAUAAUUUACAUAAUACUCAGAAUCAAUUAAUCUGUUUUUGUUUUAUUUAUUUCGAUAAGUGAAUUUAGGAAAGUGGAAAGCAAAUCGGAAGUUGCAACAAACUCCACAGGAACGUUUAAACUGCCAGCAUUCUCAAGGCUAACACGCUAACCGUUACCAUGGCUAGCCUUUAAUAGACUUUUACACUGGAGCCACUGCAGGCAGAAUUAAUGCAAACAUCUACACACGAUUUGUGCAUUCUUGAUGAAUUUGACAGAUUAGAUUUUUCUUAUUCGUGUUAUAUAUAGGCCCACGACAAAAAACUUUGUGAAAUGAUCUUGGGUGACAUAAUUCCAAUGAAAAAUAUCCUGAUAUUGACUAAUUCUUUUUGUAACCCACUUCAAUAAACUUGCUUUCACAUC